ACGAACCCAGGUAAGAGUGUGGCCUUAAAUGCUUUUUAAUAGUUUUAUGGAAAUAUACAUAUAUCAUCUGUUAAGCUGUGUUGUUAUGGUGUAAAUAUCUUACAAGACAGUCAUUUAAACUAAGAGGGCAGCUGUUGUUUGAUUUUGUGUUAUGAAGCAGAAACAAGUAGUAUAUAUUGUGAAUUAAAGACCAUUUUGCCCAUGUUGAAUCUGAAUUGUAUUGUUCUAGUUAAUGUAAAAAGCUAAGAAAAAUUCCAUAAGAGAUCUUCCUGCCUUGCUCUGUUGUCAGUUUGAUGAAUUAAAACUAUCUCAUUGUGUCUACCAUAUUACUGUGGCAUUACACUUUUCAAUGCAGUGUUGAUAGGGCUGAUCCUUUCAUUGUUUUUAUAUUAGAAUUGUGAUUGUACUGUUUAAAAACUGCACAAGCCAUAUUUGUAAUUUCAUUAUUUAUAUUUAACAUUAUAAACAUUGUCUUUAAGAGGUGAAAGUUUUAGUCUGUCAAAUUUAGGCAUUACAUUUGAGUUUCUCUAGCUUAGCCAGACUACAAAUUAAAACACUUGCCUGUUAUCUAGUUAAUAUACUUUGUGCAUGCCAAUCUGUGUGCCACCAUCCUGUAUGACUUUGGUGUUUAAAAUGAUAAUUGUACAUUAGUGGCUUGGACAUUAUAUUUUUCAUUCACCAAUAUAUUCAUAUAAUAUAAUAUCAUAUCAUAAUAUUCAUUAUAAUGUGUGCACAUUAGAGACGGUGGUGUCAUCUUUCCUUGCAGUGAACAAACCAGUGGAGGAAGACACUGAAAACAUGAAGUAAUGGGACAAGAUGAACCCUUUGAAGCAGGCAUGUACUAUUGGUGAGAAGAGGUCAUUUGAAGGAGAGAGGAGCUUGAUUGAAGAGAGAAGUUCGAAUGAUGAUCUUAGGUUGACUUCUAACCUUGACAGUGCAAGAAUUGAAGAGGGUACUCCAAGAGUACAAGAGAAUAUCCAACAAGGUUUGGAUGGCACAAAAGUUGUCGUGCAAAUGCCAUGCUGCCCUGCCAGUACAAACACUGAGCAAGUGACAGUGAGGGAACAUGAAAAGAUCCAAAAAGGUGGGAAGGAUAUAACUGAAUUCAAAAACGCUUCUUGUGAUUCAACUACCAAGCAAGAAAGCCAAGGAAAGGAAGACCAGGAGCAAGCAGAGGAAGAUGAGAUGUCAGAUGACACAAAAGGUGGUUUAUCAAGUGAAAUUAGUUUGUGCUUUGAUAAUUCGAAUCCAACCACAAAUGAAGAAGGGAUGCUGAUGAGGGACAAUGAAAAAACAGAGCAAAAGGGCAUAACUGACAAACAGAUAUCCCCUGAGGAAGCAAAUGACUCAAAUGAUGGGGCAGAGGAUGUGGUGGCAGGUCAUUCAGAUAGUACGGAUCAAGUUCUGUCUGAAUUGGGCACAAAGGAGAUCGCUAAAAGGCAAUUGCGGCGCCGCAGGAAAACUGUGGAGAAGAAAGAACCGACACGAUCGAGUCAGAGGACCUGUAAGAAAGUGCUUGAAACACCACCUAGCACGGCAGAUGAUGAGAAAAAAGAGUCGGGCAAGAAGCACUUCUGUUUAUAUUGCAAAAUGGCUUUCACCCAGCUUGCAAAGCAUUUGGAAAGGAAACAUGCAGAGGAAACAGAUGUUGCCCAUGCAAUACACUUUCCCAAAGGUUCCAAAGUCAGACAGACUUUGCUUGACCAAAUUCGCAAUAAAGGAGAUUAUGAGCAUAAUUGCCAUGUUCUCAAAAGUGGCGAGGGUGAAAUUGUGACCAAGAAACAGGUAAAAAAUCCAAGCAUAUCUGUUCGUGACUUCUUGCCUUGCCAGCACUGCUUUGCUUUUUAUCGUAAAACUGAUUUAUGGAGACACGAGCGGUCAUGUAAGGCUAGAAAGGGAGAUCAGAAAUCCUCUGAAAGGACAAAGAAAGGCAGAGUUCACAGUGCUGCCUCCCAGCUGCUUCCAAUGUCAGAGUUCUUAACUGGAGGCUGCGAGGAAAUCAUCCACAUCAUGCAUCAAGAUGACAUCUCGAGGCAUAUCAGAAAUGACCCACUUAUCUGUAAAUAUGGCAAUGCUUUGUCUGCUAAAUAUGACCAUGACAAGUCUCAGUUUGCUUAUAUUGCACAAAAGAUGAGGGAACUGGGUAGAUUUGUGCUUGCUGUAAAUGAGCUUGACAAGAGUGUGAAGUAUUUGCAUGAAAUAUGUCUACCAUCCAGAUUUGAACUGGCUGUUGAAGGGGCCAAAAAAGUUAGUGGUUUUGAUCCCAGUUCCAGUAAGUUUAAAACCGUUUCCCUUGUCUCAAAGAUUGGCUACUCUUUGAAAAGAGCUGCAGAAAUAGCUUUUGGGGAAAGUCGCAUGACAGAGGACAGUGAAACUGAAAGUGAAGUGAAGAAGUUCAUACAGCUUCUUGAUACAAAAUGGAGUGAGUGUUUUUCUCGCAAGGCUCUUGCAUUAUCUCUAAAGCAAGACGUCAAAAAAGAGGAAGUAGACAAAUCAACUGUGACAGAAGAUUUGAUAAAACUCCACAGGUUUAUCACAGGGGAAGAAGAUGAAGCCAGGAAGGAGCUGAAAGAAAGUCCUAGUUUGUCAACAUGGAAAAAGCUUAGUGAGGCCACUCUAGCAGAUGUAUGUCUGUUCAACAGAGGAAGGGUUGGUAAUAUUGGUAGACUGCUCUUGAAAACUUACACUGGCAAAAAGAGUAGGGGAACUUUUGUGCUGUCUGCAGAUCAAAUAAGGAAAAGCACAAAAUUGGAGCUCGACCUUGGUGCCAGUUUUACCAGGUUGGAACUAGAAGGUCAGUAUGGAAGGAACAUGCUAGUUCUGCUAACAGAAAGGAUGGUUUUGUCCAUCGACCUUACUCAUUGAAAAUCGAGAACAAGCGGGUGUGUCAAAAAUUAAUCCAUACCUGUUUGCACGGACCGAAGGUCCAUCCUUCAUCAGAGGAUUGGAUUGUUUCCGAAGGGCUGCAAUGGAAUGUGGAGUUAAAAACCCAGAAGCACUACUGUCCUCAUCAUUAAGGGAGCAAAUUGCCUGCUGCUGGCAGCUAAUGAGCCUAAGUGAACAUGAAUUGGAUCAAGUAGCCAAACUGGUGGGACAGAGCAGCCAAGAGUGUUACAGGCUGUCAAAAAAUGCACCACUGCUGGAGGAAGUGAGCAAACAGUUGCUCAAGAUGGAUCGAACACUGCCAUCAAAUCCACCUAGCACUGCAAGAGAUGGAACUGUACAGAAGCCUGCUUUAAAGAGAAGACCUUGGAGUGAGAAGGAGCAAGCUGCAGUGAAGCGUUACUUGAGUGAAUUUAUCACAAAUAUGAAAGUUCCUGGCAAAAAGGAGUGCAAUGCUUGCAUAGCGGCUGAACCAGAUCUUAGUGGAAGAUCUUGGACAGAUGUCAAAAACUAUGUACACAACACACUACAGACAAUACGGAGGAGAAAUAACCAGCAGAAGUCUGAAGGGAAUGUUAAUGUUUUGAAUCCAAAGAGUCCUAAAGCUGGAGUCCAAACCACAAAGAAAAAUCUGGAAGAUACAAACGUUGUCUGUACUAUGACAACAGUGCAUCCAGACCACCUGAGAGAAAGUUCAAAUUGUUGUAUGACAAUGGCACCACCAACAAACUUGAGUGAAUCAACACCAUUCCCCCAAGAGAUGACUUCCAGUUAUGCAUCCUUAUGUUCCACUAGUACAGAUAUGGUCCAUACAAGUCAACCAUUGAUUUCUACUUUCACACCACUGAAUGCUACUGAUACACAAGUGGUUCCUACAUUUACUCCACACAACACUACAAAUGCACUAAUGUCUCCUGCAUACACUUCAGAAAACAACCAAAUUCUGCCAAUGUCUCCUUCGUAUACACAAUGCAGUGCUGGAACUAUGUCACCCCCCUCUGUGUAUACACCACAGGACUCUACAAAUUCACCCAUGAUUCCUUCUUUUAGUCCACUGAAUGCUCCAAGUACAUCAAUGAUUCCUACAUUCACAUCAUUGAAUACUCCAAGUGCACCAAUGGUCCCCACAUUCGCUCCACUAAAUGACAGAAGUAGGACCUAUUGUUUCUUCAUUCACACCUCUGAACCAUUCAAGUACACCAGCGUACCCCACAAGCCCACCCAGGGCCCUUGCAACUGCACAAGUUGUCCCAACAAUCCAUGGACCCAGUGUUCCUGACAGGGUACCAGUGGUGCAGGAAGGUACACCCAUGGCCACUGUAGGAAAACGAGUCACUCCAGCUGUCAAGCCUCAAAAGAGAAACAAGAGGCUGUGGAGUGAGGAGGAACAGGCAGCGGUGAGGCGCCAGCUUGGAGACUUCUGUAAACUGGUCAAAGUGCCAGGCAAAAAGGAUUGCGAUGCAUGUUUAGCUGCUGAACCUGCCUUGAAUAGCAGGACAUGGAGGGAAGUAAAGUAUUUUGUACAUAACUCAAUUCAGUCAAUGAGAAGAAGAGGCCAUGUAGUUGCCUCCAAACAAAGUGGCAGACAAGAACCAGAGACUCAUAAUUCAAACACAGAUUGGGAUGGUCCUGUUUAUCUGUCCCUGUAAAUAUUUGUUACGGACAUGCUAGAAAACAAUUUGUUGUCAGUGAGACUUUGGAAGUAUGUGAGGACUGUGGCUUUAGCCUCAUAUGGGGCUUAAAAGUUCAGCACAUGUGAAUUGUUGUAAAAUGUACUGUCAGUGAACCUUGGUCUCAGUAGCCAUACGGAUCUUGACGUUUACAGACUGCCCUGCCAUUCUUUAAACCACACUUUUUAAAAAAGAUCCUUAAGUAUUCAGAGUGAAGUCCACCAGACCAAGCUAUUGGUGUGCUGUUGCAUGAAUAUACACUAAAUGGAUGGAACUAAGUUUGUACUGUAGUUUUGGCCCAGAAAAAGCAGUUAUUAAUGUUUAAUAUGGUUAAAUUGCAUAUGUAUGUAACAGUCAAUUAUGUAACAGACAAUUUUUUGAAUCAUCACAGGUUACUCUAAUUUAGAUGUGUGGUCAUUUAGCAAAUGUGAACUUCAUUUUGCAAAGAUUUGCAACCUGCCACCAGUCAGUGGCUGUGGUAAGUAGCCACUGUGGCAUCCAAACACACUUUCACAAUUUAAUUAUUGAAAACAGUGAAAGCAAUGGAUGAAAAUUUUUGACUGAUCAGGACAUUUCCCUCCCUGCACUGAGUAAAGUACUUUUCCAGAGGGAUUUUUACUCUUCUUUACUUCAAAACUUACUUAGACAUCAAUGUUUCUCCCUGCACUGUUUUCAGUAGCAUUUUUAUGAAUUUUGAUGAUCAAAAACUUACCAGCAAAUCCUUGCAACCAGUCCCUCCCACAUGAUAGAUUUACAUUGACUUGCGUUACAUGAUUCUGGAAUGUCUGGCCCGAGUGUACUAUAUUCUUGCUUUAGCCAGUAGCCUAUAUUGUAGAUGGCCACUGAUGCAGCCUACAGCAGUAAUGACAUACCUUACUUGUGGAUGUUAGAGAAGUAGGAGUUCAGUGUGCAUACCUCUCACUUAAAUAUUAAAUAUGUUAUUUUUCUUUGAGGAUCGUGUUGAUAAAUGUUUGUUAUCUUCAUUUAUAUCUGUUUUCUCUUACAUGUCUAUUAACAAGCUACAGAAAGGUUUGGUUGUAUUUUUAUAUCACUAUACAGCAACUGUAUAGAAAGUUUUAGUACUUUAUUGUACUUGACGUACUCUAAUUUGUCAUAAAAUACACUGCAUUGGUCUCAUUUGUUUUACUUUGAUUUAAGCUUUUAUUUCUGGAUGUUUGUUACAUCAAUAUCCAGUCGCCAAGUUCAGUUUGCCUUAUUUUGAUUUUUUGGUUGAUUGCAAUUCUUUUCUUAUGAUUGCAUUGCAUCUAACACAACAUAGCAAGAUGACCUUGACUACUGUUGAGUUGCUAAUCAUGGCAUAGCAAAAAUGAAAAUGACAUCCCUUUACAUUUUUAAAUAUAAAGGGAUGAAUAUAGAAAUCUUGAGUAUACCGCAUAUUAGACAGUUGAUGAGAAGGUUAGUUCCCUCCUGUGUGGAUGAGAAAGCAGCUAAAUUCAGAUUUCCCUAGUAAUCACCUUAGACUAACAAUGCAGUUUGGUAAUUACAAAAAAAUUACACAUUUCAUUUUAGGUGGAAUUUAUCUUAUAUAUAUACAAACCUUGUUGAAGGUUAAAAACAGAAAAGACAGCAGACUGCUGUUCACAGGCUUUAGUCACAUUUCAUUAUCAAAAAUUGGUCACUGCAGUGUUUAUUUUACACUGGGUAUUCAGUAAGAGCUGUAGAUGAUGUGUUGUUUGGUUGGAUCAUUAGUUGUUUGUUGUUCAACGACAUGGAGCCCACAGCCAUUUUCACAAUUUUCUUUGUAAUCAAAGCAGAAGUCAUAGUUAUGAGUUUCAGACAGCACUGCUGCUAUUUGUCAGGGACAAAAGCUUUUGUGUUAUCCUCAGUAGCAGCGUUAGAAUAACCAGUGUUCACCCUUUCAUACCAAAGGCAUUAAUUAAGACCUGGGUCAGUUAACCCAUUUUAAUCAUCAACACCAAUGGCAAACUGUUUCUUCCUUUGAUGUUGUUUCAGUAUGAAAGGGGUAUAUCUGUAUUUGUGUAUAUACAUUAGUUAGAGUUGCACUCCAGAUUGUAUUUGGAGAGUUAAUUCUGUGGAAGGUCUAUAUGAUACAUGAGCGUUCAGACACUACCAUUGCUGUUUGAUGUUGCAAAGCAAAGUUUUUUUCCUUUUAUAGUAGAUAGCUUUCUUUCAUUGCUAUUGUAUACACAGUGCGUGUUACUCUACAUCCUGUUGUAAUUAUCUUGCCCUCAGUUAAUGCUUCUUAUCAAGUAUUGUAAGGAACUUAGAACUUCUGCUUGUACAAUAAAAUGCUCCUUGGCUUAAAAAAUAUGUUGUUGUUAUGAAAAAGGCAUUGUGUAUUUGUUUUUGUUAACGUUUUGCCUUUUAAUCUGAUUCCCUGGACUUUUUGUAAUACAAAAGUUUAAGUUUGGUAGAUUUUACUUUGCAAUUGUAGUGCUGAUUAUUAAAUGAGACUAAAGAGCCGGCAGUCAUGCUAGUGGUUCUGUGAGGCUGUACCUUUUGAUUAAAUUUGUGCCUUGAUGAGGAAAAGUCAAAAGAUAAUCCAACCACACCAAAUGUACCUCAUAUUGUUGUUUGUUUGUAUUUCUGCUUGUGAUAGACUGACCUCCUGUCUAAGUUGCACCCAGCCUCUUACCCAGUGUCAGCAACCCUACAAAGAACGAUUUAGAUAAUGGAUGGAUGGAAAAAAAGACAAUACAGAAUGAUUGAUUGUGAUUAUUUGGAGUAGCACUAAUAUCAGUGAUUAACCUGUUCAGA